AGAAGUUCUUAAUAAUCUCAUUAGUUAGUGUAACCUCAGUGUACCUUUUACUAUGUAUUUAGAUACAUUGUUCUUCCUAGUGAGGAUGAUACCACCACUAGUGUCAGCUGCAAAGCACAAUGAUUGUGUAGAUGCAGCGCCUAAACUGACAAGUAACAGGACGGAAGUGCCUAUAAUUACGUUGAUAUUUUUUACUCCAAUAGGAAUGGAAAGAUCACAAUCCUCUAAUUUGCAUAACGCCCUUAUAAAUAGGGGCGGCAGUCGCCAUUUUCGAUGUUGUGAGGUACAGUGAAGAUCUUGGAAAUAAACUUUCAAGGAUGCCUGAGCCGGCCAAAUCUGCCCCAGCACCGAAGAAGGGCUCUAAGAAAGCUGUCACUAAGACGCAGAAGAAGGGUGACAAGAAGCGAAAGAGAGCAAGGAAGGAGAGCUACUCCAUCUACGUGUACAAGGUGCUGAAGCAGGUGCACCCCGACACGGGCAUCUCGUCCAAGGCCAUGAGCAUCAUGAACUCCUUCGUCAACGACAUCUUCGAGCGCAUCGCCGGCGAGGCCUCGCGCCUGGCGCACUACAACAAGCGCUCCACCAUCACCUCGCGGGAGAUCCAGACGGCCGUGCGGCUCCUGCUGCCCGGCGAGCUGGCCAAGCACGCCGUCUCCGAGGGCACCAAGGCUGUCACCAAGUACACCAGCUCCAAGUCUUGCCAGCAAUGUGCGCUCACAGCCCAGAAAGCCAACCAUAUCCUGGUCUGAAUCAAAAGAAGUGUGGCCAGCAGGUCAAGGGAGGUGAUUCUGCCCCUCUACUCCAUUCUGGUGAGACCCCACCUGGAGUACUGCAUCAAGGUCUGGGCUCCCCAAAAAGUCUAAUGGAGAGUGGAGACUAACGAUAGACUGUUGUGGCCUGAAUGAAGUCAUACCACCACUGAGUGCUGCUGUGCCGGACAUGCUAGAACUUCUAUAAGAACUGGAGUCCAAGGCAGCCAAGUGUUGUGCCACAAUUGAUGUCUCUAAUGCAUUUUUCUCAAUCCCUUUAGCAGCAGAGUGCAGGCCACAGUUUGCUUUCAUGUGGAGGGGCGUCCAGUAGACUUGGAAUCGACUGCCCCAGGGGUGAAAACACAGCUGGGUAAACAAACAACUUUAUUCUCUAGUCCCCUGACCAGACAGUGAAUCAGAAACAAGAAAUAGAUGCCAUACACCUGAUCCAAAACCUGGAAAAAUUGCACACUGACUAUAACAAUUUUACACUACUUCCUGUUCUUUUUUUUAAUGGAGUAAAUCAAUAUCUGCCCACCCACUUAUGAAAUCAAAUUGUUUUUUCUAACGACCAGAGAUUAUAAUUAUUCAACACACAGGGCAAAUUGCUACUAUGUUAGUUUUCCAGAGACUUUCUUUUCCAGUUCUAAUGGAAAAUAAUAUAUUUCAAAAUAAUUAGGAUUGAAGGAGAAAGUAUUAACUGCAUCUGGGGAAAAAGAUUUGGCCUUAUAUAUGCCUUGAUGUAAUGCUUUUGGCCAGUAAUGAAAAUGUGUCUGGUUCAGACUGCAAAGGAAAAAAAUGGAGUGCUUGGGCUCGGGGUUGUGCUAUAUCAGAGCACAGUGACACAAAACUCACUGGAGGAGGGGGCUGAAAGUAGAGGGUAAUGCAGCUGGCAACACCUUUUCUCUCUUCCCAGCUCACAUACCCUACAAGGAAGGAAGAAGCAUUACAAUGAGCAAGGGCAGCUCUUUCCUCGGGGACUGGGGUCACAUACCAUAAGCCUAGGUUGGUGGAAAGGAUUUUUUAGGUUUUGUUUUGGGUUUCCUUGGUGGCUGCAAAGGACUAUAUUGUUUGAUGGCCCAUCCUAAUGCAAAAGUUCUUCUAAAAGCAUUCCUUGUCAAGAAUGAUUAAUUUUGUAUUAAUCACAAAGGUUCUUCCAUUCAUUUUUUAACACAGAAAACCUCAGGGAGCAAUUCUGGACAUACUUGCAUUUUAAAACUAGAAAAUAAGCAGUUUGUGUGUGAAAGGAGCAUCAGGACAGCUUGGAAUUUUCAUCGCUGGUAAAAUCCACCACCUUUUUGUACUUGUAGUCCUAUUUGCAUUGCCUGUAGAUUUUGUACUUGAAAGGGUCACAGCAAAAUGGAAGAACAAUUCCCAAAAUAAGAAGAGGGCACAGAUGAAGACUUACAGCUGAAUUUUUUACUUCAGAGAGUGCAAAGGAUCUUGCACUACAUUUGUGCAGCGUCAGAGCUAUGAAGAAAUGCGUGCCUUGUGCACUUGGGACACAGCAAGGUCUUUGAUCAUCCUGCAUAGAAAACGGGGCAAGAAUUACCACAGGAAGCAUAGAAGCCCCAAUCUUUCUACACAUCGAAAUACGUCUUUUAAUAGGGCUGCCGCCUCCUGUGCUCCAAGCACCAGUAGACAGGGCUGACAGCACGGCCGGCAAAGCCGGGUGCCUGGGCUCAGCCGAGCUGCCGCAGGAAGCCCAGACAAUGUAGCUGAAUCGGUUCAACUGCUUACAUGCAGGGGCUUUUAAACGCUGUCUUUUGAAAUCGCUGGUACAAAUCCCAUGGAAGAAGGGAAAGGCUCACACGGGUUUAAAAAUCCUGGAGUUUUAGCCUUAACCGAUACUUAAAUGUCACGGAAAAGUUCACGGGAUGCGUGCGAGUUGCACUUCAGACUUAAAAUAGCAGCUUCUAAUGGCGCAUUUAUUGACGGGACAAAAAUCAAACAUUGAGGGUUUCUAAAACAUUGAUAGAGACAAUCAGAACGAUUAACACUUUUUGUAAGACCAUGAAGGCAGAUAAGUCUUGAACCCAUUUUUUCAUUUUUACAUUGUUUUCCACCUAAGAGCAUUUGCACGACAGACCAUAUUUCUCAGCAGGAAAUGGCACAGAUCACAAACAACAGGGGCAUCAUGAAGUUUCAUAAGAACAGGGGUUCAUUAACAGCAUUUAUCUGAACUGAAUAGUGUGGACUCUUCUGCUUACACUACAAGGUUUACUUCUUGACAACAGAAGAGAAUUUAAACUUUAAUUGUUUAGAAAGGGAAAUUAAAGUGUCGUGAGUCUGGGUUUAAAAAUGCGGGACCCUCUGCCCUUCCCAGAGAUACCUGACUUUUUUUUUUUUUUUGGCU